GUUUUGUCUUUUGCAGAGCGCGUUCAACUUAUCGUACCGCCCGCAGGUGAACCGAAACGAACCAUGCAGGCGAGCCGUACGACCAUGGGAGGCUGCGAUUCCCAGGCUGACCAGUUUGACCAUGCUGCCACCGCAGCCCGGGAGCUUAUGCGCAAGGUGCCUCUGGUCGACGGCCACAAUGACUUUGCAUGGAUGCUCCGGGGGUGGCUCCGCAACCGACUUGACCACCUCAGCAACGACACCAUCCAGGACAUGCCCAUCGGCCAGACCGACGUGAGGCGUCUGAGGGAGGGCCAGGUGGGAUGCCAGUUCUGGAGCGCCUUUGUGCCGGACCAGGGCGGGCUCGGCGCCGGGGAGCCACAGCUGGAGACGCUGAGGACCACGCUGCAGCAGAUCGACGUGCUCCACGCCCUGUUCGAGCGGCAUCCCGCAACGUUUGGGUUUGUGGACACGGCCGACGACAUCCUGCCCGUCUUCCGGUCCGGCCGCAUAGCCAGCCUGCUCGGGAUCGAAGGCCUGCACCAGAUAGCCAACAGCGCCAGCGUCCUCCGCAUGUAUCACCGCUUGGGCGUCCGCUAUGCCACCCUGUGCCAUGACAGGAGCAAUCUGUACUGUGAUUCGUCGAACUCCAAAGACUCAACAGACCGAGGUCUCUCGGCUCAGGGUCGCGAGAUGGUGGCCGAGAUGAAUAGGAUCGGAAUGAUGAUCGACCUAUCACACACAAGUCACCAGACCCAGCUCGAUGUCUUGGCAUUGUCCAAAGCCCCCGUGCUGUUCUCGCAUUCAUCGUGCUUCUCGCUCUGCAACCAUCCGAGGAACGUGACGGACGACGCCCUCGACAAGCUGGCAGAAAACGGCGGAAUCAUCAUGAUCUGCUUCUUGCCCUCGCUCGUCGACCCCGGCGACGGGUCCAAGCCGACCCUGGCGCAGAUUGCAGAUCACGUCGAGCACGCCGGGCGCAGAAUCGGCUACGCCCACGUCGGGAUCGGCUCGGACUUUGACGGCAUGCUCGAGGGCCCAGAGGGCAUGGACGACGUCUCGCAGUACCCCCAGCUCGUGGCAGAGCUCAUCCGGCGGGGCGUGGGCGAGCGGGACCUGGCUGGCGUCUUGGGGCUUAACCUGAUACGUGUGCUUAAGAGGGCCGAGGAGACGGCUAAAGAGAUGGACGCGUCGGACGAGGCUGCCAUGUUGUUUGACGGGGAACCCGAGGUGUGGACCAAAGAACAGAGACUGAUCCUCACCGAGGCUGGUAAUAGGCGUCGAGCCCAGAGGAAACGUGUCGUAUCUAGUAAUUAAGCUCUUGAAACUCGAGUAUUUCAU